AGGCAAAGACUCUUAUUCAGAAUGAUUGAGAAAACACAAGCUGAACAGAGAAGCAGAAAACACCAUUACUUACUAUACCAGCCGCCAGGAACAGCAGAUCCAGUUCAGGGUAUAUUAACAGUGUCCUCAGACUCCUCUGAAUGCUGUGUUUAUUGUGAAGGACAGCCUGAGCACACCUUGACCUGUCAGGCUGAAAUCAGGUAAAGUGUUAUCAGUCUAAUAAAGGGGAAGAUAUAUAAUGCUGGAGUUGCGGAAGAACUGACUGAUAGCGGAGACCCACGCCAGCCAGAGCAGAUCAUCUCCACAGAUGCAAACUAACAGAGAAGAAUGAUGAAGAAUAAAAGUGGAAACUCUCCAGAGGACAGCGAAGUCAUAUACAACGCUGAAGAUGCUGACCUAAAGAAUGGUGAAGUCAAAAAAAAAGAGAAAGCACCGACUGUCGGAUUCUUUCAGCUGUUCCGCUUCUCCACAUGGAGGGAAGUCUUGAUGAUGGUUGUGGGCAGCUUUUGCUCUCUGGUUCACGGUGCUGCCACCCCUCUCAUGUUGCUGGUGUACGGCAUGAUGACCAACACAUUCGUGGAGUAUGAGGUGGAAAUUCUGGAGCUCACAGACCCCAACAAAACCUGCAUCAACAACACCAUCAGCUGGAUGAACGGUUCUGCAGUCCAACGGCCUGACAACACCACCAUAUACUGUGGUGUAGAUAUCGAGGCUGAAAUGACCAAUUUUGCACUUUACUACAUUGGAAUUGGAGUUGGAGUUUUAAUCUUGAGUUUCUUUCAGAUCACGUUUUGGGUUUCUGCAGCUGCCAGGCAGAUCCAGCGCAUCCGAAAAACCUACUUCAGAAAGAUCAUGUGCAUGGAGAUCGGCUGGUUUGACUGCAACUCUGUGGGGGAGCUGAACACGAGGAUGUCUGAUGACAUCAACAAAAUCAACAACGCUAUAGCGGACCAGGUGUCCAUCUUCAUUGAGAGGAUCUCCACGUUUAUAUUCGGCUUCAUGGUGGGCUUCAUCGGCGGCUGGAAGCUGACACUGGUGGUCAUCGCAGUCAGUCCUCUAUUAGGCCUCGCCGCAGGACUCAUGGCUAUGGCAGUGGCGAGGCUGACGGGUCGUGAGCUGAAGGCUUAUGCUAAAGCCGGAGCGGUGGCUGAUGAAGUGCUGUCCUCCAUCAGAACAGUGGCCGCUUUCGGAGGAGAACACAAAGAGGCAGAGAGGUAUGACAGGAAUCUGGUGCAGGCGCAGGAGUGGGGCAUAAAGAAGGGCAUGAUCAUCGGGGUGUUUCAGGGCUAUCUCUGGUGCAUCAUAUUCCUGUGUUACGCUCUCGCCUUCUGGUUCGGCUCUAAACUGGUCAUCGAGACCCAGGAGCUCACACCUGGAGGACUCGUUCAGGUGUUCUUUGGUGUUCUGAUCGGGGCCAUGAAUCUGGGUCAGGCUUCUCCUUGUCUGGAGGCUUUUGCUUCAGGUCGAGCUGCAGCCAAGAGUAUAUUUGACACCAUUGACAGAGAACCAGAAAUCGACUGCUUCUCUGACGAAGGUCACACUUUAGAUAAAGUGAAAGGUGACAUUGAAUUUCACAGCGUUAACUUCAACUAUCCCUCCCGUCCUGAAGUAAAGAUAUUAGAUGAUUUGAACAUUGUGGUCAAAGCUGGCGAGACGACAGCGUUUGUUGGACCCAGCGGAUCAGGAAAAACCACAACAAUACAACUCAUCCAAAGGUUCUACGACCCAAGUGAAGGAAUGGUUUCCCUGGAUGGUCAUGACAUCAGAAGCCUGAACAUCCAGUGGUUGCGUUCUCUUAUUGGCGUCGUGGAGCAGGAGCCGGUUCUGUUCGCCACCACGAUCGCUGAAAACAUCCGAUAUGGCAGAGCUGGAGUCACAAUGCAGGAGAUCAUAGAGGCUGCCAAACAGGCCAAUGCCUAUAACUUCAUCAUGAGUCUUCCUCAGACAUUUGACACAUUGGUUGGUGAAGGUGGAGGGCAAAUGAGCGGAGGACAGAAACAGAGGAUCGCCAUUGCUCGAGCGCUGGUCAGGAAUCCCAGAAUCCUCCUGUUAGACAUGGCCACAUCAGCGCUGGAUAAUGAGAGUGAGGCUGUCGUACAGGAGGCCUUGGACAAGGCUCGACAGGGCCGAACAACUAUCAGCAUCGCACAUCGUCUGUCCACAAUCCGUAAUGCAGACGUGAUCGUGGGCUUUGAGCAUGGCCGUGCUGUGGAGAGAGGCACACACAGCCAGUUACUGGAUAAAAAGGGAGUUUACUUCACCUUAGUCACGCUCCAGAAUCAAGGGAAGGACACAGACACUGAUAAACCAGAGAACACUGCAGAGUCAAGAGUUACAGAGGAGGCUGAACUCGAGGAGCUCAGGAGAUUCAGCAGUGGAAGUUAUGAGAGCGUCUUAAGACGGCGAUCUCUUUCUCAAUUGUCAAACAGUCUUUCAGUCAUUUCUGGAAAAUUUGACUUCAAUUCAGACCUUUUCGAAAUGGAGGAAUCGGAUAACAACAAGAAAAGCAAAGGUAAAGCUAAAGAGGACAUAAAACCGGCUCCUGUGGCUCGAAUCCUGAAGUAUAACCGUCCCGAAUGGCCUUACAUGCUGCUGGGGUCUAUAGGUGCUGCUAUAAAUGGAUCUCUCAACCCUAUGUAUGCUCUGUUGUUCAGUCAAAUACUUGGGACGUUCUCUAUUCCGGACCCGGAUGACCAGAGGAGGCAGAUAAAUGGGAUUUGUAUUUUGUUUGUGGUCAUAGGAGUCGUAAGCUUCUUUUCACAGUUCUUACAGGGCUACUCGUUCGCUAAAUCAGGAGAGCUGUUGACUCGUCGGCUGAGGAAAUUUGGAUUUCAGGCGAUGCUAAAGCAGGAGAUCGGCUGGUUUGAUGAUCCCAUGAACAGUCCUGGUGCUUUGACGACCAGAUUGGCCACCAAUGCCUCCAUGGUUCAGGGGGCCACAGGUUCACAGAUUGGCAUGAUCGUCAACUCUCUGACCAACAUCGGCGCUUCCUUCAUUAUUGCCUAUUACUUCAGCUGGAAGCUCAGUCUGGUGGUCACCUGCUUCCUGCCUCUCAUCGGCCUCUCUGGAGUCUUUCAGUCCAAAAUGUUGACAGGACUCGCUAAUGAGGACAAAACCGCACUGGAGGCUGCAGGACAGGUGUCCAGUGAAGCUAUGAGCAACAUCAGGACCAUCGCCGGUUUAGCCAAAGAAAAGCACUUUGUGGCUCAAUUUGAAAAGCAGCUUCAGGCUCCGUAUAAAGCAGCCAAGAAAAAAGCUUACGUUUAUGGGAUUUGUUUCGCAUUCGCUCGCUGUGUCAUUUUCAUGGCCUACGCUGCAUCCUUUAGAUACGGAGGCUAUUUGGUCAGUCAUGAGGGGCUUCAAUACAUGAUGGUGUUCAGAGUGAUUUCUGCUCUGGUGACCAGCGCCACUGCACUUGGCAGAGCUUCAUCUUUCACACCAGACUAUGCGAAAGCGAAGAUCUCCGCUGCACAGCUUUUCCAGCUGUUGGACAGGGUUCCCAAAAUUAAUGUCAGCAAAACAGAAGGACAAAGCUGGAAUGACUUUAAGGGCAAAGUGGAAUUCAAAGGGUGCAGGUUCACGUAUCCCAGCCGGCCAGACGUACAGGUUCUGAGGGGUCUGGUGGUGUCGGUUCAUCCAGGACAGACUCUGGCUUUUGUGGGUAGCAGUGGCUGUGGAAAGAGCACCAGUGUUCAGCUACUGGAACGAUUCUACGACCCCGAUGAGGGACAAGUGCUGAUUGAUGGACGCCCGUCCGACAGCAUCAGCGUUCCCUUCCUGAGGUCUCAGAUUGGUAUUGUAUCCCAGGAGCCCGUGCUGUUCGACUGCAGUAUCGCAGAGAAUAUCCAGUAUGGAGAUAACUCUCGAACCGUGAGCAUGGAGGAGAUUAUAGACGCUGCUAAGAAGGCUUAUCUGCAUGACUUUGUGAUGACGCUUCCUGAUAAAUACGAGACUCAGGUUGGUGCUCAGGGCUCUCAGCUGUCUCGUGGACAGAAACAGCGAAUAGCGAUUGCCCGAGCCAUCGUCAGAAACCCCAAAAUCCUGCUGCUGGAUGAGGCCACGUCUGCACUCGAUACUGAAAGCGAAAAGACGGUUCAGGCAGCGCUGGACGAGGCCCGUCAGGGACGCACGUGUAUCGUCAUCGCUCACAGACUCUCCACCAUCCAGAGUGCCGACAUCAUCGCAGUGAUGUCACAGGGCGAGGUCAUCGAGAAAGGCACACACGACGAGCUCAUGGCCAAGAAAGCCGCAUAUUAUAAACUGGUUACCACAGGGGCUCCUAUUAGUUAACAUUCAGAUAAGCAAAUUGUCCCGCCUCAAACUCAUGCCAUUUAUAGAGCCAAUGCUGGAUAAUCUGAUUUAGUCGGGAUGCUGUGAUGAUGUAGAGAUAACACAGGAAUGGUUGAAGUGUGUGCCUUUAUGUGUAUUUAUUGAUAAGUGGACUUUUAUUAUACCUUGGCUGUAUUUUUCACUGUGUGUGUUUAAUUUAUACCUAAAGAAAUGAAGCAAAUGACUAAAGGGUAAUGGAGAUUUGACUUCUUCUACAGUUUUCUACUUAGUAGCUGCAGAUAUGAUGGCCUUGAACUAUAGCAGCAAUAGUAUGACACUGAUAACAUGUCCUUAAUCACUGAUAUGUUUGUGCUUAGUCAUCAUCGCUGUGCCAUGUGUUUGCUAUUAUUGUGUGUUUGAGCGUGUGUGUGUGUGUGUGUGUGUGUGCUUGUCACUUUGCAAAUGGUUUGACAAUUGUUUUGCACAUUAUUUUUGAAAGCAUAUCAACACACUGAUAUGUUUGUGCUCAGUCAUUGCUGUGCUAUGUGUUUGCUCUUUGUGUGUGUGUGUGUGUGUGUGUGUGUGUGUUGCUUUGCAAAUGGUUUGAUGAUCAUAUUGCACAUAUUGAUUUUGAAUGCUCAUAAAAUUAGCUGAAAUUAUAAAGCAUAAAAAAAGAUCUGUGAAUUAAAUUAUAUGAAGUGAGAG